AUGGGGAUGGUUUCGGGCACUCUGCUGAGCGUCCUGUCGCUUUCGGCCUGUUUCGUCAACGCGGCCAAGCUUUCUCAAGAUCGACAACCGACGGUCGAUUUCAAGUCUGGCAAUGGCAGCCUACCGCUUGCUUCGCAAAACUCGCCGGUCCACCUGAUUCUUGAUGCGGGAGACUGGCCUGGCGUUCUGCGAGCGGCGCAUGAUGUAGCGGUUGACUUCGGACGCGUUACCGGAACGAAUGGAACACUGAAGACUGUCGGUAUUGGUGCUGGUAAUAAGACUGUCGGAGGAAGCGCAUCGGUCAUCUUCAACGUCACGGGCAUCGGCAAAGAUUGGAGCGUUGGAAAGAGCUCGGCACAAGGAAAGGGUGUUAUACUUGCCGGCACGAUUGGAAACUCCAGCUUGAUCGAUGGAUUGAUUAAGAGCGGGAAACUGGAUGUCAGCAAGAUUGAAGGUGAGUGGGAGGCCUAUGUCAGUGCUGUAAUCAAGAACCCCAUGAAUGGAUCCGCUGAGGCAUUGGUCAUUGCCGGAAGCGACAAGCGUGGCACAAUCUUUGGCCUCUACGACAUCUCCGAGCAAAUCGGUGUCUCACCUUGGCACUGGUUUGCCGACGUCCCACCGAAGUCCCACUCAAGCAUCUUCGCCCUCCGCUCCACCAAAGUCCAGAAGACUCCUUCAGUAAAAUACCGCGGCUUUUUCAUCAAUGACGAGGCACCUGCUUUGACGGGGUGGGCCAAUGGAAAGUAUCCCAAGUCCGCAUAUGGCUCUCCAUUCGGCGCGGAAUUUUACUCCCAUGUGUUUGAGCUACUGCUGAGAAGCAGAGCAAACUAUCUCUGGCCCGCAAUGUGGAGCUCCAUGUUCAACGUCGACGAUCCGCGCAACCAGCCGCUUGCCGACGCCUACGGAAUCGUAAUGGGCUCCUCUCACACGGAGCCCAUGGUCCGCGCAACACAGGAAUGGACCAAGAUAGCUAAAGGUACAGACUCUAGUUGGUCUUGGGCUACCAAUAAUGCUACUCUAUAUGAGUAUUUUACGGAAGGCGCAGAGCGUGCGAAACCUUACGAGAACGUUGUUACCGUUGGAAUGCGAGGGUACCACGAUACCGCCAUGUCCGCUGAUACACAAACGGCGGUUUUGGAGGCUGUUGUCGAGGCGCAAGAAGAGAUCAUGGAUAAGGUGUGGGGCGAUGCAAGCAAGGUGCCACAGAUGUGGUGCUUGUACAAAGAAGUGCAAGAUUAUUUCGAGGCGGGGAUGAAAGUGCCGGACUGGGUGACUUUACUGUGGACGGAGGACAAUUGGCAGAACAUUAGGAGGUUACCAGUCGGUGACGAGAAGAAACGGUCUGGUGGAGCUGGUGUUUACUACCACUUCGACUAUGUCGGUGACAGCCGCAACUACAAGUGGAUCAAUACUAUCCAAUUGCAGAAGACCUACGAGCAAAUGUCCCUUGCUCACGCUCGCGAUGCGGACAGACUUUGGAUUGUGAACGUCGGAGAUAUCAAACCUUACGAGAUUCCCAUCAGCCACUGGUUCGACAUCGCCUACGAUAUCGAAGCGUACGAUGAGACAUCUGUACCGAGUUGGAUCGAAGGUUGGGCCAAACGGACUUUUGACGAGCAGCAUGCCAAGACAAUUUCAAACAUUGUCGACAAGUACGGCUAUCUUGCAAAUAUGCGCAAGUACGAAUGGGUGGAGCCGGGUAGCUACAGCAUCAUCAGCUAUGAAGAGGCCGAUAAAAUCCAAGCUCAGUGGGAAGACCUAGCCGAACAAGCGCAAGAAGUGUACGAUGAUCUCGCGGAGAACGAGCAAGGCGCUUUCUACGAGUUGAUCCUGCACCCUGUGCUUGCGGGUGGAAACUUUAUCAAUGUUCAGGUUGCCGGUGCAAGGAAUCAGAUAUACUCCGGCCAGGGACGCAACAGCGCGAAUGACUGGUUACAAAAGACGAUCGACCUGAUGGGAACUGAUCAUGAGCUUACUCAGGAGUAUCACCGUCUGUUCAAUGGAAAGUGGAAUCACAUGAUGGAUCAGACGCACUUGGGGUACCAAGGAUACUGGCAACAACCCAUGCGCCAGUCUACACCCUUCCUCCGUUGGGUCCAGACUUCUGAGCGGUCACUCUCUGGCGACAUGGGUGUAUCUGUGGAAGGAAGCAACGCAACCAUCCCAGGAGACGACAUGUGGCACUCCAAUGGUGGCGGUUCGCUCGACCUACCUGCGAUCACACCCUUUACACCCAAACGCUGGAUAGACAUCUUCUCCAUGGGCACACAGACCUUCAAUUGGAACAUCACCACCGAGCCAUUCAUCAAGCUGUCGAAGUCCGCCGGCACCAUCUCUCCAGACACCGACGACAUCCGCGUCUACGUCGACGUAGACUGGAGCCAGGUCCCCGACGGGUACGGCAACAAAGUCGCUCUCAACAUAAGCAGCUCCCAGAACUACGGCACACAAUUUACUCGCCCAACUGUCAACGUUAUGGUAAACAAGACCUCAGUCUCUGCUGGCUUCAACGGCUUCGUUGAGUCCGCAGGCCUAGUUUCCAUCGAAGCAGAGCACUACUCGCGCCUCCAACCCUCUGGUAACCUCAGCUUCACCGUACUCCCACACUACGGCCGCACGCUGUCCGCUAUCAAACUGUCCAAUCCACUCGCGGAAGGUCUUUCCACGUCCAGCGCGCCAGCCCUCGAAUACGACUUCUACACGUUCACGCCCACUACUUCCUCAAAAGGUCUGAACCUCACUCUGAUCUUGUCUCCGACCUUGAACGUGAACCCAAAGAAACCGCUUGCAUACGUCGCGCAGAUAGAUGACAAGCCGCAGCAGCGGAGGCAGUAUGUUAUCGAUCAGAAACAGCCUGACUUUCCCGUUGGAUGGGGCACCGCGGUGGCGCAGAACGCAUGGUUAAACACAACGAAUUGGGGUGAGGUUUCGGCAGGAAAACACACGCUGAGGGUGUGGUUGGUUGAAGCCAACGUUGUGCUUCAAAAGCUUGUGCUUGACCUUGGAGGCGUGCAAUACUCGCAUAAUGGGCCGCCUGAGAGCUAUCGUGUUGGCGUAAAUAGCACACAAGCGUAG